AUGGCCGCCGUCAGCACCUCGCCACCUCCGACGUCGGCCGCCUCGACCGGCCAAGGCAACAACCACACAGCCGACCAGGCCAUCCCCAGGUCGUCGGUAGGCAGCAGCAGCGCUAGCCCCCAGCGUACGGGCCGGAAGCCCCUGUCCAUCUCCUCGAGCACCAUGGUCGACGGUGCUCGCAUCCGUGACGUCGGCCUCUCGCCCGUCAAGGUCAACUUCAGCCCGGCUCACCGGACAGAACCCUCCAACGCCGACGUAGAAAGCGCCCAGUCGAGAUCAUCCUCUCAGCAGUUCCACCUGCCCGACCGCCCGCGCUAUAAUAUGGACUCGCCCUCCGACUCCACGGCCGCCGCCGAGCCCUCCCGCCUCACGUCCGACUACCCUUCCUCUCCGCCCCGGCGCCUGCCGCCCCAGAUCCCAGGCUCCCAGAGCCUCGGCCCUACCGUCGGGGAGGCUGUCUCUGCCGACGGCCAGUCCCAGCCUGCCACGGCCUCGGCCUCUGCCGGGUCCGCCAUGAGCCCGACCGAGCGCGUGAGGAGACAGGACCUCUACCGCACCAGCCGCGAAUCCGACGAGACCACCAAUGCAUCCCAGCUGCCCGCCUCGACCGGGUCUUCCGCCGCCACCAGCGCGAGCUCCGUCUCGGGCGCCAACGACAGCGCCGACUGCGUCCCUAACGGGGACUCGCCCGGCAGCUCCGUCAUCCAGUCCGUUCCCCUGUUCCAGUACCACCACCAGCAGCAGGAGAAGCAGGAGAGGCAGCAGCAGGAGCAGCAGCUGAGACUGCCGCCCCAGCCGGUCAGCACGGCGCCCCUCGACCCGAACAGGAACUCGUCCACCCCGGACCUCUCGGACGGCAACGGCCCCGUCCGCCGCCACCUCACGCCGUCGUCGCAGUUCUUCCGGAGGAGCUCGAUGCCGCGGCCGCAGUCGUCGUACUCUACCCACUCGGACGGCGCGCCGCGUGGCCGCUCCCCCAACCUGACGCCGGGCUCGCACAUGCGCGCUCCGUCCAUGUCGUCGCGCAAGUCGCCCGACGUGCGCAACUCGACCUACGCCGAGCUCCUCAACGUGCCCUAUUCGCAGCAGGCCCCGCCUGUGUCGAUCGGCCUGGACAACUCGAACCUGCGCUCCGUCAUCGGCAACAACGCCUCGCUCCUCAGCACCCAGAAGACGCUCGACAUGUACCGCGCCAACGUCAAGAAGACCAACGACGUGUCGAUCCAGUACUCGUUUGCCGUCUUCCUCAUCUCGACGGCCCAGGAGCAGGGGCUCGACCCCGCGGACCCCAAGGCGCGCAAGCCCAGCCCGCAGCCGCCGCUGCGCGACCACGACAGCCCCGUCGCCGAGGCGGCCACGAGCAGCCCCUACGACCUGGUGCGCGAGGCCCGCCAGAUCCUGCAGCGCCUGGCCAGCGGCGGCUACCCGUUCGCGCAGUACUACCUGGCCGACGGCUACGCCUCGGGCCUGUUCAGCAAGGGCAAGGAGGACUACAGCUCGGCCUUCCCGCUCUUCGUGCUGGCGGCCAAGCACGGGCACGCCGAGUCGGCCUACCGCGCCGGGCUCUGCUACGAGUUCGGCUGGGGCUGCCGCGCGGACCCGGCCAAGGCGGUGCAGUUCCUGCGCAUCGGCGCGUCGAAGCGGCACCCGGGCGCCAUGACGCGCCUGGGCAAGGCCUGCCUGUCGGGUGACCUGGGCGAGAAGCGGUACCGCGAGGGCGUCAAGUGGAUGAAGCUGGCGGCCGAGGCGGCCGACGCGCAGUACAACUCGGCGCCGUACCAGCUGGCCUGCCUGUACGAGACGGGCUACGGCGACGACGUGUUCCGCGACCCGCGCUACGCGGCCGAGCUCUUCACCCAGGCGGCCGACCUCGGCCACCCCGAGGCCAACUUCCGCAUGGGCGACGCCUACGAGCACGGCCACCUAGACUGCCCCAAGGACCCGGCGCUGUCGGUCCACUUCUACACGGGGGCCGCCGAGAGGGGCCACGCGCCCGCCAUGAUGGGCCUGUGCGCCUGGUACAUGGUCGGGGCGCCGCCCGUCCUGGACAAGGAUGAGGAGGAGGCGUACGAAUGGGCCAGGAGGUCGGCCGAACUGGGCUUCGUCAAGGCUCAGUACGCCGUGGGGUACUUUACAGAGAUGGGCAUCGGAUGCCGACGCGACAUCCUCGAGGCGAACGUGUGGUACGUCAAGGCCGCCGACGCUGGCGACGAGAGAGCCAAGCAGCGGCUUGCGAUCAUCCAGUCUGCCAUUAGCGGGCAGGGCGUGCCGAUGGAAGUGGCGCCGCCGAGGGCGAACAAGAUCGUCAAGGAGAACAAGGACAAGGACUGCAUUGUGAUGUAG